GUCGCGCAAUGACAACAGUAGACCAGAAAUACGUCCAGCGUACAUCGCUUUCAACAAGGGAUACACAAUAACUCAAACAGGAACUAUCUCCUGAUAGUUUUAACAUUAAUUUAACUCGACGUCAUCGAGUCACGAUGCCUUUCCUCGGACAGGACUGGAGGUCACCGGGUCAGAGUUGGAUUAAAACCGAAGAGGGAUGGAAAAAGACCUCAGCAGACGACAAAAACAACAAUGUCUCCGUGCAGAGCUUCUGCAAAGCGGAGGAGGAGGAGUGUUUCAACAAGGAGAACCUGCUGCUCUCUCUCAGCUACGACAUGGCUGCCAAGAAGAGGAAAAAAGACCUAAUGAACAACAACACCAAGGUCCCCUAUUUCCACAGGGAAAAGUGGAUUUAUGUUCAUAAAGGAAGCACCAAGGAGCGCCACGGAUAUUGUACACUGGGAGAGGCCUUCAACCGCUUAGAUUUCUGCAGCGCCAUCAAGGACACGAGGAGAUUUAAUUACGUCGUCAGACUCCUGGAGCUUAUCGCCAAGUCCCAGCUCCCCUCGCUCAGCGGAGUGGCGCAGAAAAACUACAUGAAUAUUCUGGAGAGAGUGGUACAGAAAGUUCUCGAUGACCAGCAAAACGUUCGUCCCAUCAAGGAGCUGCUGCAGACGCUUUAUGUCUCGCUGUGUGGUCUCGUCCAGGAUAUGGGCAAGUCUGUCCUGGUGGGGAACAUCAACACCUGGCUGCAUCGCAUGGAGAACAUCCUGCAGUGGCAGCAGCAGCUGGACAGCAUCCAGAUCAACAGGCCCACAUCUACAGGCAUGACUCUGACAGACCUGCCUGCCAGUCUGCAACUGAACAUCAUGCAGUGUCUGUCGGACGGCCGGGACCUGGUCAGCCUGGGCCAGGUGUGCCCCGAGCUGGGGUCCCUCACUGAGGACCGGCUGCUGUGGAAGAGACUCUGCCAGUACCACUUCACAGACAGACAGAUCCGAAAGCGCCUGAUGGUGUCAGACAAAGGUCACCUGGAGUGGAAGAAGAUGUACUUUAAGCUGAGCCGCUGCUAUCCUCACAGAGAGGAGUACAGUGACACGCUGCACUUCUGCACACACUGCCACAUCCUUUUCUGGAAGGACACAAACCAUCCCUGCACAGCAAACAACCCAGAAAGUUGCACCAUGUCCCUCUCACCUCAAGACUUUAUCGACCUUUUCAACUUCUGAUCCCCUCCCCCAAAUUCAGAUGAACUGACUGUACAUACUGUACAUAGAAAUGUACAAUAUUCUUUUGUUUAUAGCACAAUCGAUUCCUGGAUGUGUAUUUAGUUGAGGUGUGAGUGGAGGGGGCUCAGGCAGCGGGACAAUUAUGCAAUCGAGUUUGUUUUGAGUACAGAGACCUCUGGGAGAGUUCAGUUGAAAGCGAGUGAAUGUGACGGAGGAAAAGAGAUGAAGCAGUCGACCUGUAGACGGAGGAGUGGAGGAUAAAGGGAACAUUCGGCUGUCAGAGUUUAGUCUUAGUUUGUGUUUUUUUAAUUACACCUCCAAAGUAAAUGCACCUCUUGACUUUUAGAUGUGUGCACUUGUUUUUUCCCCAAAUUGGAGAAUAUAUUCUUUGGUUUUCAGACUUGUUUUUUUUUUUUUUUGUUUGUUUGUUUUUUUUUUCAACACGGGAAGUAGGAAGAUUAUUCAAACCUGUUUGAAAUAGUGAUUUGUUUAAUAUAUUACAAGUCCAGCUCACAUGGGAGAAUGCAAUGUGUUUGACGUUCAGAUCAAGUUUGCAAUAAUAUUCUGUUUGGCACUGAGACGGAAAGAAGGAAAUAUUGAGUUGCAGCAUUACCUAAGAGAUAAUGAAUGUAAGCAAGGGAGUCAGAAAUGGACAAAUAGACCGAGUGAUGAUUCUAUAUGUUGACACACCACAGUAUGUUUUCUAUUUUUCUUUGUUGUUUUUCACUUUUAUAAAGAUUUGAUAUUAUUGUUAUUUUUUAAAUUAAUUGUGUGUUAAUUUUCAGCUGUGGCUGCUAUAGCGACAGCACCUGAGUGCAGUAUUACCAAAGAUUGUAAUCAGAGUCAGUGUAACAAUGCUGUGUGCCUUAUCGCGAAACUUGAAACCGGUACAGCUUAAUCUUUGUUUGCAACGUUUUCAGAUCCUGAUGCUGUUUUGUUUUGUUUUUUGAAUCAUCAUCAGCAAAUGUCUCCUUUACAGACGAGUGGGAUUUAAGAUCUGAGGCUCUGAUACCAAAUAUGACUGUCUGAAACAUUUCUUUGUAGCAUCCUGCAUGAUUUUUUCCCAACACCCAACUGAUUGUGUUUACUUAUUUAUUUAUGGGGAUUGUGGCAAGGUAUUGAAAUAUUAGUAUGAAAGGUGCAAUUUGACCCAGACUUUCCUCUUAUCACUGACCAGACAGUGAGGAAUGAUGUACAUGCUAUGCAAUGCAUCCUGUUGAAUAAAUAAAAGAAAAUUACCAUA